AUGCGACCUAGCAACAAAAAGCAUGUUGUAGUAGUCGGCGGCGGCGCUGCCGGUAUGUCUUGCGCGGCGACGCUGGCAAAUCACCCCGACAAAUUCAAGGUCACUCUUCUUGAAAGAGGCGAGGUUGUUGGCGGACAGGCCACCUCAAUCCCCAUCGAUGAGCAGAAAUACGGUGCACCGUGGAUGAACAACGGUGUCCAGGGAGGUUCGCAAAUCUUCAAGCACACAUUCAACUUCUUCAAGCAGUAUGACCAUCCACCACAGGAAGUCUCUCUGCAGGUCGCGUUCGGCAAAGGCGUGGACGGCUUCUGGACCAAUGUCUUCCCCAGUAAGCUGAUCGCCAAGUAUGACAAGGACAUUAAACGAUUCGGCUUCUUCCUCAAAUUCAUCAGGUGGACCAUGCCGUUCUUUGGGCUGAUUCCUAUCCGUAUCAUGCUGCGCGUCUUUUUCUUCAGCAAAGACUUUGGCGACAAGAUGGUAUACCCUCUCAUCGCCCUCUUCCUUGGCACAGGAAACCAAACAGCCAAUGUCCCGUCCGCCAUAGUUGAGCGGCUCUUUCAAGACCCGAACAUGAAGUUAUGGGAUUACGAUGCGGAGACACUGCUACCAAAUCUGCCAACCAUGGUCACUUUCGACCAUCUCGACGAGUUCUACCGCAAGUGGCGGGUUGACCUCGAGUCCAAGGGAAUCGCCAUCCGCACUCGCACUGAAGUCACUACGGUCAUCUCGCGCAGCAGCGAUGGAGUCAAGCUACGGAUACGAGACCUUUCCAGUAGCGAGACUACCGACGAGGAAUUUGAUGACAUGGUCCUGUGUGUUCUUGCCGAUGAUGCUUUGACAAUUCUCGGGCGCUCAGCUACGUUCAAGGAGAAGUUCGUUCUGGGCGGUGCUGCCUUCUACGAUGACAUUACGGUCACUCACACGGACAAGGACUAUUUCGAGAGGCACUACGAGACACACUUCAAGCCGGAGCUAUGUGCCGAGCCGCGAUCGGACGAUCAGAAGAAGCAAGUUGAGUUUGCAAAGGGAGAGGACAAGAACGGACCGUUCAGACCCAUGUACUACACGUACACGUAUCAGUCAGAUCCACGACUCAUCGAAAUGAGCUUCAAUUGCAGCAACUAUCAGCAUCAGCUAAAGACAGCCAACGCCAAAACAAACGAAGCAUUCGAGCCCGUGUAUCAGUCCAUCUUUUUGAAUAAGCAACAGAAGCACCUAUGGACGAUUAACGACAUUGACGAGAGCAAGGUUAUCAAGCGCAACUGGUGGCACCAGCUAGGCCAUAGAUGGCAACACUAUAACAUGCAUGAGCUAGCCUGCGUCAGCGGCAUCGCCGCAGCGUAUCGUCUGGGAGCAGACUACAUCAAUUUUGAUGACUUUGCAACGGAUUUCUUCUCCAAAUAUCUGAUGCUGUCUCACGGAGUGUUCUACGGGCGCGAGGAGAAGAAGAGGGGACACGCCAAGAGAAGAUGA